AUGUCUCACACCUCUGCCACUGCCGGUUGGGAGCGAGUUGAAGACAAAUACUACCGCACGAUUCAGCUUUAUUCCGCCCUCUGGGAUCCCGACUUUGACCUCUCGGAUUAUAUUGUCGUAGGGGCUCCCUAUGGUGGAGCACUCGCUCUCUACAAAGACGAGACGAGAAUCCAAGCUUACCGAAGCUCCCAGCAGUCAAAAUCAAGCAUAGAUAUAUACAGUGCUGCCGGGAGGCUCAUCCGUCGGAUAUCCUGGGAUAAAGGCUCCAUCAAGGGUCUCGGUUGGUCAGAGGAUGAGAAGCUAUUGGUUGUAACGGAAGACGGGGUGGUCAGGUGUUACUAUGAUCUUCAAGGAGAUUUCACUCAAUUCUCUCUCGGCAAUGGCGCUGAGGAAGCCGGUGUCAAAGAAUGCCGGUUUUACUCUACUGGUUUUGUCGCACUGCUACGGAACAACCAAUUCAUCUCUGUUUCCCGCUACGAUGAACCGAGGCCACGCCUCUUAGCAGAUCCGGUUCCUUUUAUCCCGGCUACAGAGAUUAUCCACUCGUGGACGAUUCUUCCUCCAUCCUACACACUCUCCCGGCAUGUUGAAGUGUUUGUUUCUACCGGCACGACUAUCUUGAUUGUGGACGCUACAGAAGUUCUAGACCAAAUGCUUCAGAAUGGGCCAUUUGCUCAUAUUUCUGUUUCACCGAAUGGAAAAUACGUGACUUUGUGCAGCGUUGAGGGGAAGGUUUGGGUCAUCAGGUCCGACUUUCAAGAGAAGUUGAGCGAGUAUGACACCGGAACUGGAGGCGAGGAGUUACCGCGAGCAGUGGAGUGGUGCGGAAACGAUUCGGUGGUGUUAGCUUGGGGUGAAGAAGUUCAUAUGAUCGGUCCCAGGGGCUCAGUGCUGAAGCAUUUCUACGAAAACUUUGUACACCUGGUACCCGAAAUCGACGGUAUUCGCAUAAUAACUACGGAGAAGUGUGAAUUUCUACAAAAAGUUACUGAUGGCACUGAAGAUAUCUUCAAAAUUGGAGCCACGGCACCCGCCUCAAUCCUCCUUGACGCUGUUGAUCAGUUGGAGAGAAAAUCACCGAAGGCUGAUGACAACAUCCAACUCAUUCGCGCCCAGCUUCCCGAGGCAGUGGAUGCCUGCAUCAAAGCUGCUGGUCAUGAGUUCUCUGUCCGCUGGCAAAAGCAGUUGCUUAAGGCUGCUAGUUUUGGCAAAAGCGUAUUGGAGCUUUACAGCUCAGAUGAGUUUGUAGAAAUGUGUGAAACACUCAGGGUACUCAACGCUGUGAGGUUUUAUGAAGUCGGGUUGGCUAUAACAUAUGAACAGUUUGUACGACUUACACCAGAAAAAUUAAUACAAAGACUGGUCAAUAGGCAGCAGCACUUGCUGGCAUUGAGGGUCUCGGAGUAUCUGCGGUUACCAACUGAUCGGAUAUAUAUCCAUUGGGCUUGCAUGAAGGUCCGGAUGUCGGCAGAUGAUGAGGAUACCAUUUGCCGCAUGGUAGUAGCGAAACUCACUGGAAAACGUGGUAUAUCCUUUGAAGAGAUUGCAAGGACUGCGUAUGAUGAGGGCAGAGGAAGGCUUGCGACUCAGCUAUUAAAUUACGAGCCACGGGCUGGCAGACAGGUUCCGCUUCUACUCAACAUGGAGGAGGACGAAAUCGCUCUUGAUAAGGCAAUUGAGAGUGGGGACACCGAUCUUGUCUUUUUCGUUCUUCUCCACUUAAAGAAAAAGUUACCACUAGCAAAUUUCUUCCGCAUGAUCAACGACCGGCCUGUUGCAUCAUCGCUGAUCGAAUCCUCGGCUAGGGAAACGGAUCCAGGGCUCUUGAAGGACUUUUACUAUCAAGACGAUCGUAGGGCCGACGGCGCAUACGUUACCCUCCGUGACAGCUUGGCCCAGAAAGACUUAUCUCUAAAGAUGGAGAAGCUGAAACUCGCCUCAAAGUUACUAGCCGAUGCGAAAGAACAUGCUCUGGAGGCAAAGGCACUUGAUGAAUCAGCAAAACUUCUACACAUGCAAGAGAAUUUCGAAAAGGACUUGCAGCAGGAGAGAUUUGUCGGCGACCCCAUUAAUGAGACUGUAUUUAAGCUUAUACGCAUGGGGUAUUCUUCUCGGGCGAACAAAGUUAAAUCGGAAUUCAAAGUACCGGAGAAGCGGUUCUGGUGGCUCAAAUUGCGGGCUUUGGUUGCCAAGAGGGAUUGGGGAGAAAUUGAGGAGUGGGGCAAAACCAAAAAGAGUCCGAUUGGGUGGGAGGCGUUUUUUAAUGAGUGUCUGGCUGCAGGAAACACCAAGGCGGCAUCUAUCUUCAUACCUAAGUGCACUAAUCUACCUCCUGCGGAUAGGAUAGAUAUGUGGGUUCGCUGUGGCAAUAUGGUUAAGGCCGGCGAAGAAGCUUUCAGGGCUAAGGAUGCUAACGCACUGGAGCUGUUGAGGUCAAAGGCGGCUGGUGCGGCAGCCUUGGAGAUUGAUAGGCUCUUGAAGCAGCUUCGUCCGAAAUGAUAAUUGGGUGUUUCGUGGGCGGUGGCCAAGCUGGUUGCCAGCUUAAUGAUCUAUAUCCCCACAUGCAUGAAUUUUCUUCUCUCUUUUCUUUUACAAUUAAUGAUUACUUUUUUGCUAGAAA